CCUAUAGAAACAUUUGUAGCAGAUUAAAACUGAAUACAAACAACCCCCCCCCCCAAUCUUGAGUUCCAUUCCCCACUUGUUUUGAUGUGGGAAUUCCCAGCGAGUGAGGCGCACUUUGUCAUUGGCUUUCCCGAGGCAAGAGCUGUCAGUGGCCAGGACUUUCCACGCUAGUACUUUGUAUUCAUUAUUGCCCAUGAGAAGGAGGUGAUUUCGAUUUUGGGGGAUAUGCUUUGUAUUUCUCUUGUCUUUGUGUCAGAAGAUUAACAUUUCUCUAAUAUUUGGGAUCAGUUUCCUCUCUCCACCCCACCCCCCUGCUCAGAUUGAAAGCUUUCCUGCUCUUAUUAUCUGUGCCUGUUAAUUUGAAUCGAAAAGCCCCUCUGUCCCCUCCGACCCUGGCAGAUUCACUGUAGAAACAGACAUUGAUUCCCCCUGAGUCUGCCUGUUCUUCGCUUGGGGGGUGAUGCCAAUCGCCUCCAGUUCUGUACAGCCCUCCCCUCCGGACUCCAGCCUCUUUACUCGGCUUCGCCCAGUUCAAGCAGACAGGCUACGGGACCCUAAGCAGCAGCAGCCGGUGGGAGGUGGUGAGAGCGGGGGUGGCGGUAGAGGUGGGCUCUUGCCUUUCCCGGUUUGCCUCGAUCCAAGGCAGCCUGAAGAAGGGGCCGAGAGCAGAGGAGCCGGGCUGAACAGUAGACCGCUGCCUAGGAGUGCUGCCUCCUCCUCCUCUUCUCCCCAGCACCCUCUGCUGCAGGUCACCCCAGCUUUCAGCUCGCCUUCCUCUUUCUACCAGUCAUUCUCCUCUAUCUCCCCUUCCUCUACUUCUCCCUCACCUCCUAGAGCUCCUUCUUUUCUACACCCUGCCUUCCUGGAGCCCCCAAGGACUAGAUCCAGAUCUGCGUAUAGGUCUGGAUUCAUGAUGAACCAACAACACCAGCAGCUCCAUGCCAUGCCAGGAGCAGCUCACUUUCCCCACCACCAGCUCCAGACACCACAACAACCCCCUCCUCCCUUUCUUUUUCCUACUGCCCUUCAUGGGCCAAACAUGGACAGAAAUGACAACCGCCCACCUGAGGGAGCCAGGCAGCCCCACAGCCCAUCAGCUCUGGGGGCCAGAAGGAGAGGAAACAGCCCAAACAACAGUUCUCACAUCCAGCACCAACACAUGAGAUCUCCAGCAGGUAAUAUGGGCCCCUCGUUCCAAUGUCAGCCGGUACAUCAAGACCACAUAUGCUACAAUGACAACGAAAAGAACGAAGACAGUCCCAGCCCCAAGCGACAGCGGCUAUCUAAUUCAGUUUUUGAAUACGCUGCAGCAUCGCCUACCCCAUCUCCCCCAAUGCGACCAUGGGAGAUGACAUCAAAUAGGCGGCCUCCUUCGGCUCGGCCUAACCAGCACCACUUCUCAGGGGAAAGAUGCAACACUCCCGCACGGAACAGAAGAAGCCCACCUGUGAGGCGUCAGAGAGGGAGAAGGGACAGACUGGCUCGUCACAACUCCAUUAGCCAAGAUGAAAAUUAUCACCAUCUCUCUUAUGGGCAACAGCAAGCAGUAGAAGAGCCUCGAGCCUUCCACCCACCGAAUGUAUCCCCUCGCAUGCUCCAUCCAGCUGCACAUCCUCCACAGCAAAAUGCUGUAAUGGUAGACAUUCAUGAGCAGAUUCACCAGGGCACAGUACCGGUCUCCUACACAGUCACAACAGUUGCACCACAUGGGAUUCCACUUUGUACAGGACAGCACAUCCCUGCUUGUAGUACACAGCAAGUUCCUGGGUGUUCAGUGGUCUUUAGUGGCCAGCACUUACCAGUCUGCAGUGUGCCUCCACCUAUGAUUCAGGCCUGUUCAGUUCAGCAUUUACCAGUACCCUAUGCUGCUUUCCCACCCCUCAUUUCAAGUGAUCCGUUUCUUUUGCAUCCACCCCACCUUUCCCCACAUCACCACGCUCACCUUCCGCCUCCUGGUCAGUUUGUUCCCUUUCAGACACAGCAGUCACGUUCGGAAAGUAAUUUGCACAACUCUCCCCUGCAGCCUCUGCAAAGGAUAGAGAAUGAAGUGGAGUUGCUUGGAGAGCAUCUACCUGUAGGUGGGUUUACGUACCCUCCAUCUGCCCAUGCUGCAACACUGCAACCGUCUGCCCCACUACAGUUCAUAACUCAUGAUCCUUUGCACCAGGAAGUUUCAUUUGGUGUUCCUUAUCCCCAAUUUAUGCCUCGAAGAAUAACUGGACGAAACCGAUACCGAUCACAACAACCAAUGCCACCACCACCUUAUCAUCCAAGUCUUUUACCCUAUGUACUGUCAAUGCUUCCAGUGCCUCCUACCGUUGGACCUGCCUUUAGCUUUGAGUUGGAUGUUGAAGAUGGGGAGGUGGAAAACUAUGAGGUUGGUGCAUUGCUGAAUCUUGCAGAAAGACUGGGUGAAGCCAAACCACGGGGACUAACAAAAGCAGACAUUGAACAACUUCCAUCCUAUAGGUUUAACCCAAACAAUCACCAGUCUGAGCAGACAUUAUGUGUAGUAUGCAUGUGUGAUUUUGAGUCAAGACAACUUCUUAGAGUCCUGCCGUGCAACCAUGAAUUUCAUGCCAAGUGUGUCGACAAAUGGCUUAAGGCAAAUCGUACUUGUCCUAUUUGUCGGGCAGAUGCUUCAGAAGUGCACCGUGAUUCCGAAUGACCAAUCUCAGAGCACAAUUAAAGCUUGGGUGUUCCUAGUCACGUGCGUGUGUUUGUGUAUGCUCACACACCAACUAUCCAUUGAACUGAACCCACGUGGCUUCCGGCCUACUCUUUUCACAAAAGGGUCAAUGGACCUCUUUUUGCACUGUGUGAUUUAAUCAAUUAUAAAGCUUCUGAUUAGUCUUCA